CUCGCUUGCUCUCCGUGUUGCCUUAGUGGUGACUGUCGUCGCCGUGGCUUGUCAUUCUGACCCCGGGAGCCCUCAGAGCGUCCGGCAGAAAUGUCUAAUGCAAAAGAAAGAAAACAUGCUAAAAAAAUGAGAAACCAGCCCACCAAUGUGACUUUAUCCUCUGGCUUUGUGGCUGAUAGAGGUGGAAAGCACCAUAAUGGGGGUGGGAAACCUCAGAAACAAGAACCUCAUUCUGGAACUUCACGACAGCGACAAACCAAAAUCACCGCCCAUUCACUGCCUGAACCUCAUGUGAGUGAGCAGUCUUCCUCCAGAGUCACGUUUAAAAAAAAAGGAGGAUGGAAAGCAGGUCCCGAGGGCACUUCUCAGGAGAUUCCCAAGUAUAUAACUGCUUCUACUUUUGCUCAAGCACGAGCUGCAGAAAUCAGUGCUAUGUUAAAAGCUGUAACCCAGAAGUCUUCUAAUUCACUGGUUUUCCAGACUCUGCCACGACACAUGCGACGGAGAGCCAUGAGCCACAAUGUCAAACGCCUUCCUAGACGGUUACAAGAGAUCGCCCAGAAAGAGGCGGAGAAAGCUGUACAUCAGAAAAAAGAACAUUCAAAAAAUAAAUGCCAUAAAGCUCGGAGAUGUCACAUAAACCGGGUACUAGAAUUUAACCGUAGACAAAAGAAGAACAAAUGGUUAGAAACUCAUAUCUGGCAUGCAAAGCGGUUUCACAUGGUCAAGAAGUGGGGCUACUGCCUUGGGGAGAGGCCGACAGUGAAGAGCCACAGAGCCUGCUAUCGAGCCAUGACGAACCGUUGCCUCCUCCAGGAUUUGUCCUACUACUGUUGUUUGGAGUUGAAGGGCAAAGAGGAUGAAAUACUAAAGGCACUUUCUCCAAUGUGUAGCACAGACACAGGAUUGACGUUUGCAGCAGUUCACUGCUUAUCCGGAAAGCGCCAAGGGAGCCUGGUGCUUUACCGGGCAAAUAAAUACCCCAGAGAAACGCUUGGGCCUGUUACGUUUAUCUGGAAGCCUGAGAGGACCUCUAGUGAUGCUUCUGAGAGCAGGCAGUUGUGGAUCUGGCUGCAUCCAACUCUUAAACAGGAUAUCUUAGAGGAAAUAAAAACAGCGUGUCGUUGUAUGGAACCCAUCAAAUCAGCUGUCUGCAUCUCUGAUCUGCAUCUGACAUCAUCCCAAGAAAAAAGCCAAACUGAACUGCUUGAUGAGAAAAUUGGCAAGAAAAGAAAAAGGAGAGAUGAUGGAGAAAAUUCUAAAGCAAUUAAAAAAAUUGUCGGUGAUGGAACUAAAGAUCCAUGUCAACCACACUCUUGGAUCUCUCCAACCACAGGCAUUAUAAUCAGUGAUUUGACAAUGGAGAUGAACAGAUUCCGGCUGAUCGGUCCACUUUCCCACUCCAUCCUAACUGAGGCGCUGAAAACUGCGUCUGUCCACAUGGAGAGAGAGGACACAGAGAAGACCCCUCACCGUUGGUGGAUUGAAACCUGUAAGAAUCCUGAUAGCAUUUCCCUUCAUCGCAGACAAGAAGCCAUUUUUGAAUUGUUGGGAGGAGUAACAUCACCAGCAGAAAUUCCAGCAGGUACUAUUCUGGGACUGACAGUUGGGGAUCCUCGAAUAAAUUUGCCUCAAAAGAAGUCCACAGCAUUGUCCGAUCCAGAAAAAUGCCAAGAUAAUGAGAAAGUUAGACAGCUGCUUCUGGAGGGUGUGCCUGUGGAAUGUACACAUAGCUUUAUCUGGAACCAAGAUAUCUGUAAGAGUGUCACAGAGAAUAAAAUCUCGGAUCAGGAUUUAAACCGGAUGAGAAGUGAAUUGCUGGUGCCUGGAUCACAGCUUGUUUUAGGUCCCUGUGAAUCCAAGAUACCUAUACUUUUGAUUCAGCAGCCAGGAAAAGUGACUGGUGAAGACCGACUGGGCUGGGGAAGUGGCUGGGAUGUCUUGCUCCCAAAAGGAUGGGGCAUGGCUUUCUGGAUUCCAUUUAUCUAUCGAGGUGCAAGAGUUGGAGGAUUAAAAGAGGCUGUAGUACAUUCCCAGUAUAAAAGGUCACCUAACAUUCCAGGUGAUUUCCCAGAUUGCCCUGCUGGGAUUCUGUUUGCUGAAGAGCAAGCUAAGAAUCUUCUUGAAAAGUAUAAAAGACGCCCUCCUGCCAAACGACCCAACUAUGUUAAGCUUGGCACUCUGGCCCCUUUCUGCUGUCCCUGGGAGCAGUUAACUCAAGACUGGGAGUUGAGAGUUCAGGCCCACAAAGAAUCUUCUGUAGCUUCAUCUCCACCUGGUGAGGAGAGUGACCUAAGAUAUGAGGUGUCUUGUGCUCCCAUGCCUGAAAAAACUCAGCUAUCUGAUGAAGUGGGCACAUCCAUAAACCACUCCACGGAGUCCGAAGAAGUAAUGGACACAGAGUGUCAAGACCAGGCAGCGGCUGAGAGGGUAAUAGACCAGGAUGUCAGUAAGAACCAUGUUGCUGCCACUGGUAGUCAACUCUGCAUUCUUAGGAGUAGAAAAUUACUGAAGCAACUGUCAGCCUGGUGUGGGCCCAGUUCUGGGGACAGUCGGGCAGCCCGGCGAGCUCCCAGCAGAGGCCAGCAAGAAUUGACCAAAGACGCCUGCCUGUCUAUUGUGGACCACUUCCCCAGGGCCCUGGUGUGGGUCAGCCUGUCUCUGCUCAGGAAGGGCAGCCCUGAGCCGCACACCAUGAUCUGUGUUCCAGCCAAGGAAGACUUCCUCCAGCUCAGUCAGGAUCGGCAUUACUGUGGGCCCCAGGAAUCCAAACACAGUGACCCAUUCAAGAGCAAGAUCCUGAAACAGAACGAGAAGAAGAAAAUGGAGAGAAGGCAGAAGCGGGGACGUGCCAGUUCUGAGGGCCUGGCAGUGGGAGAUCCUGCAGCCAGGCAGGAAGCUCUGACUCUGGGGCUGUGGUCAGGCCCUCUUCCGAGUGUGACUUCGCACUGCUCCAGAGCUCUCCUAGGCUUUGUCACUCAGGGAGAUUUUUCCAUGGCUGUUGGCUGUGGAGAAGCCCUGGGGUUUGUUAGUUUGACAGGCUUGCUGGAUAUGCUGUCUAGCCAGCCAGCAGCUGAGAGGGGCUUGGUGUUACUGAGGCCUCCUGCCUCUCUGCAGUAUCGCUUUGCGAGAAUUGCUAUUGAGGUAUGAAUGUGGUUUAUAUCCCAGCAGGACUUGGCAAAAGUUUGCCCAGUCCUACAGUUGGACAGUCCUGUUUUCCCUGUCUUUUGUUCAAAAUAUCAUGUGAAAUUCCCUGGAAACAAGAUUAAAAAAUGAUAUAUUAUGCAAAUGA